UCGGUUUAUUUGUCUGUCACGAAGUGUCCUCACGUCUAGGAAAGCGUGACGGCAGCCAAUAGCCAAGUCAUUGCAGUUGACAGUGUAUCCAUGCUUAUCCAAAACGUUUCUAUAUGAGGAUCAUUUAUUUCAAUACUGGCCAUACCUGUGUGACAGGUGCAUGAUUUAAAUUACCAAUGUGCCCAUUAUGUUUGAAGCCAUGUGUCUUAGAACUUGAUUCCGUGUCAACGUAAUGGGCGGACUUGAAAUGAGGAGUAUUUCCCAAUAGGUUACCGGUCUAUGGUGGUCCGAGAAGGCUGUGUUUUGUGUUGUGAACAUGUGGGGCUGUGUGAAUGUACAAGUUACGCAACACAUGAGAGUAAUGGAUUAGAGCUGGAAUAGACACACCUGUCCGAUGGCUGCUCGUGUGCAUGCAGCAGACGUGGAGUCUCCGUCAAAACAUAUUGACGAAGAUAAGGAUAAAAUGGCGAAAAAAGUGAGAAGAUGGGAAGUAUUUCCAGGAAAAAAUAAAUUUCACUGCAACGGAAGAAUCAUGAUGGCCAAACAAACUGGAAUCUUCUACUUGACUUGCACCUUAAUCAUCGUCACAAGUGGACUGUUCUUUGCGUUCGACUGUGUGUAUCUGGCUGUGGAAGUUACGCCAGCAAUUCCCGCCAUUGGAGGGGCCUUGUUUAUAUUCGUCAUGGCAACAUUAUUCCGAACAAGCUUCAGUGAUCCUGGAGUUAUCCCGCGGGCAACACCGGACGAAGCUGCCGAGUUAGAGAAACAAAUGGAGGUCCCCAAUGCCAGCUCCCCUGGGACGUACCGCCCUCCGCCCCGCACCCGUGAGGUGGUGGUCAAGGGACAGGUUGUCAAGCUCAAGUACUGCUUCACAUGUAAAAUAUUUCGCCCCCCUCGGGCUUCCCACUGCAGCCUUUGUGAUAAUUGCGUUGAGCGCUUCGACCAUCACUGUCCCUGGGUGGGCAACUGUGUUGGCAAGAGAAACUAUCGCUAUUUUUACCUCUUCAUCCUGUCCCUGUCAAUACUGUGUAUUUACAUAUUUGCCUGCGUGCUUACACAUCUCAUACUGAGAGCCCAGCACGAUAACUUCCUCAAUGCGAUGAAAGAAUCACCAGCAAGUGUGAUCGAGGCAGUGAUCUGCUUCUUCUCUGUGUUCUCUGUUGUUGGCUUGGCGGGCUUUCACUCUUACCUUGUCUCUACCGAGCUAACCACAAAUGAAGAUAUAAAGGGUUCAUUUACAGCCAAGAGGGGCCAAGAAAACUUCAAUCCCUACAGCAAGGGCUCAAUAUUUAGGAACUGCAUGACAGUUCUUUGUGGACCAACCCCUCCGAGUUUGCUAGAUCGUCGUGGCUACGUGGUGCCGGACAGUUCCCAGGUGCAUACAGCUGACGGAGAGCUGCCUGUGAAGGAGAGUAACGCUGUCAAUGUGCGGCACGAGUACUAUGGCUCAACCAAUAUCACACAACAGAAGACAAACAGCACUGGCACCAACACGGCGGGGGAGCCGGUCGUGGUCCCAGACAACAUGGGGAGCAACGCCCCCGUCACCAAGCAUGACAUGAUCAGCUAUCAGGGGCCCGACGGCACAAUCAACAACAAACUUCCACCAAUAAAUGGCAUGGGGCCACCAACAUGUGCAGGACGAAAGAACCACAUUUGGGACAUGACGUUAAACCAACUCAACUUUUCUGCUUGGCAAGGUAUGACUGACGGAAAAUAUGGGGUAGCUCCAGUGACCACAGUGAACAUGCAGCCCUCGUACACGACAGACGACAUCAAAGUGGUCAGCUCCAACAACGCCCACGACAACAAGCACGUCAUGUCCAGGGGGUGCAGCACAGACUUCUGAUGUCCAUGACAUAUUUAAUGUAUUUCAUUACUAUUGGUGUCUAUGACAAGAGAUGUAUAUGUCACCAUCUUGUCUUUAUUGGCUGUCAAUCAUAAAUUCUGACACUCAUUUCAUUGUAAAAAAAUCUGUUUCUGGAAAAAUAUUUAUUUUUAAAUUUUUUUCAGUCUGCAUAUUGAUAUUUGAAAUUGGAAAGUUAUAUCGAAUAGUUUAAGUUUAGUCGAUGUCAGUUUGGGAUUAACUUGGUAGUAGGUGACACGUCCUUGAUGGAUUAUUUUAGGGUUGUUGUGUUAAUAUCCGUUUGUAUUAUUGUGUAUAUUAUGUUUUACGAUUGUAUAUGUCUUGUUUAAAAAUCUCAGAUAUUUUUUAUCUAGUCAGGAACAGGGAUUAACGUGGUUGUCCUGUGUAACUGUAUAUAAGAUAAAAUCACCAGAUAAGAUAUUUAACAUUUACCCCUGGAUGCUUAAAUUUGAAUUCUAUUUUCACAUUUAGAACCAGAAACAGAUUUUUAUCAUCCAUAGCAAAUUUCAUAACAUCAACAUGUAAUUAAUAUCAGGUUCAUUUGGUAUUAUAAGUUAUUCUUGAUAUAUAUUCAGAGUACCAACUUGAUGCAUGUUUGUUCAUAUUAAUGUUACAAGCUUUCUACACGUCAUGUCAGAAAUCUUAAAGGUCAUGCACACUUCAGUUUUCACAGUGGUUUAAAUCAUCACCAAAGAAUGUUGUGUAUCCAUAUUCCCAUAUCUAUAUAUGAUAUCAAUGUUCUAUGUAAAUAAUUUGUAAAUCUGGAAUAAUCUGGCAACGCCUUGUCUUGGGUGAAGAAUUACAAAGCAUUGAUUUGCACCAUGUAAAUGUUUUCUUUUGAACAUAGACUUUUCUGGUUUUAGUGAUGUAUGUUCCUAAAAUCAGUGUUUGCUUGUAGAAAAGUCCAUGUGUCUUACCUUUGUAGGUUAAUUAGCACAGACAACAAUCAAAUGUAUGAGUAUUCUUGGUGGAUAUGUGUCUUAUAUAUUGAGUGUCCUGAUCAGAGGGUAGAUAUGUUGAACAUGAUCCUAGGUCGUAGAAACACUGUACAUAUCACUGUUGCAAUUCUGUAGGAAUUAGUGGUGCAUUUAAUUCCUGCUAGCAUAUAUUUUGCUUAUAAAUUGCACUGAAGUCCUGCUGAAUCUGUUAUCAUCCUUUAAACAAUUUAUAACUUAUUAAUCAGAAUCAAUCGCAGUGUAUUCCAUCAUUGUAUCUUACAGAGUAUCAUUUUAGAAAUAUCCAUGACUUGAUUUUUUUAAGAAAAGUGAAAAUGCAAAUACUUUCAUUCACAUGUUUUUGUUGGCAUUUAUCACCACUACCCCUGGACUGGCGAAGAAGGAUGUUGGGAUGAGCUUCCAGUGCUGCGUGCGGAAGUGUGUGGAGUUUAUCUCUAGGAGUAGAGACAUGUCUGAUGUUGCAGUGUAGCCAUGGCGAUAGUUUGUUUUUCUGUUUGUUCAUGGCCUCAAGUACAUGUAUAUUGAAACCAAAAGUUUCAUCAUCAAGUUGAUGAUGCAGGGUAAGGAUGUUUUAGAGAGGUAAAUAUUUGUUUGGUCUGUACAGCAUCUGGUUUUAGAAGUUUUAUGAAUCUAUCAAGAUAACAGGAUAACAGAAAAGUGAUCUUGUCCUGGAUAAACUAAGUUGCCAUACUAGCUAAUGAGUCUGAAUUUAUUUUCAUCCUACCGAGAAAAGUAGCAUGGGUUUCAGUUUUUUUUUACAAUAAACCUGAGAAACUAUUUUCAAUUGAAUUUCAAUUGUGUGGGUAACUCGCAGAGAGCAGGUUGCAGAAAAUGGUGGCCAUUUGUAAUGUUGAUUUACAGGUUCCACGAAACGUUAUCUGUCAACUGUGACAUCCCACCAGAGGCUAGUCUGUAAAAGUGAGAAAAUGUUAUUUUAUUUUAUUUAUGAAUUUCUGUUUGGAAGUGUUUUUGAAAUCAGAUUUGAAACUUUCUUCAAUUUAUUGAAAGAAGUCUUAAAAAAUGCAACAUCACUGUUUUUGCGAUUUAGGAUUUGAUGGAUCUGUCUGCUAAGAAACUUCAGAAAUGAUAAGAGAUUUGUCUGCACUUAAUAUGUCUAUGUCUGGUAGAGAUAUCAGUUUCUUGUGCAAUUUUGAUGCAAUAGAACUAAAAGUUAACAGCAAAAGUGUCUGCAAGGUAUUGUCCAUUCAUGGAAAUAGUUAUUGAUUUCAAAAGCUAGCAUAUGUCAUUGUAGCGCUUUCGAUGGCAAUCUCACUGAUAUUUAUUGAAAUCCAUUGCCCUUCACUCAGGUUAAAAAUUUAUGAAUUCAUAUUUCAAUAUAGUUCUUUCCAAAUCAUUUCUAUUCAAAUUGCUCAGCCUAGAACAUUUUGCAUUUCCUUUAUCUUCAAAAAAAAACAUUUACCUGAGAAUGUCCUCAUGGUUCACUGACCUACAUUAAAAAAAAAAAAAUUAAAACAUUCCAUUUUCUAUAUAACCAUUUGUUGAUAUAUUAGCGAUGGACAACAACCUGUAGCUAGUUGUACCAAUCAUCUAGUUAGAGCAUGGUGCUUUGACAACUGCAUCUGUAGCCUUUGUCACGAUAUUACAACUGAUUAAUGUGGCAUAGAAAUGUUCCAAGCUAACUCUGGACAAACUAAACAUAUUAUCUUAUACUGAAAUGUUUAUGUUAAUAUCAUGUUGCUGGCUGGCUUUAGACUUGACAAUUAUCAAACAAUUUGUAUAUUACAAAUGGUAGUUAUGUCACUUGAGUGUUAAACCUCUAUGUUCUUGAGUCCGAGUGAUCGAUCUCCAGUAUAUAUGUUGUGUAUACAAUGCGGAUCCCGCUGCCAUGUGUACACAUGUCCUCGAUAACGACCUGUGUCGUUUGAGCUGUAACUAUCACUGGAUGUUUAUCAUCAAGUUGAUGACUAACCGUCUCCUAAGCCUUAAAUAUAUGUACGUGGCAAGUGUAGAGACUCGACACGAGGAUAGGGUUGGGGAGCUUACAUUUCAGGCAUUUUGAAAGGAUAACAUAAGUAUAGAGAGUUGUUACAAAUCUGUAAGUCACUGGUUUAGUUUGAUUCACAAUAGGAUCGAGGGCUUAUGUUUGACAAACAAGGAAACCCUAUGGACCAGACAAUUCUGUUCUUGUUUAAAACAUUUUCAAAGCCAACAAACUGGGUUUGAUAGGUGUUCAGUUACCAAGAAGACAGGCAGUGUAAUGUUAUGAUCUCAGAAUUCAGGUUAUUUGUUUUAAAUAAAAUAUAUUUGAAGAUCUAUAUAUUUUCCUAAAAAGUCUAAUUCAACCUGCUUUUGUUUGGAUCCACAAUGUUUGUAGUUUUGUCUUUUGUACACUUUUGAGAAAUCUAGAUAGACUCAUCAGCAAGAAUAAGUAUCACCCAACAUUUGGAUGUAGGACUUUGAGGCUCUGCACCGGAAUUGAGAUUAAAUUAUAAUUGAAAUUGAACUUUAUUACUGUCACAGGGAGUCUUGAAAAAUUAAAAGUCGUCUUUUCAACCUUGUACUGACACAGUUUCUCUCGAUAAAGGCUCCUUAAAGUCUGAUUUUCAGAAAUCACCUUGAAAUAUAUAUACCUCUCAAUUGCAGGGUUUGGGUUUAUUAAUUUUAAUCAAAAUGUGAUAGUCUAUGUAUCAUCAGUAUUGGUAGUCUGUGUUUCACCUAACAGUUAUUUUAUCGAGAGGUAACAUACAUAUGUGAGUGUGAGCUGAUGAUCAAGAGGCUCAGGUGACUGGCUGAUAGGCCGUCUCCAUGCUGAAGCCCCCUGUAUCGUCAGCGACCAUCUCCUCAAGUCCAGUGCGAUGCAUGCUGUACAUGAUUAACAUGAUAAUGUGCCACAUCCUAGACUUGGUCCUAUAAUAAAUAGAUAUUGUGACACAUACUUCCUGUGUUGCUCAGGCUUGACUCUGACCAGCUGUAGAAAAUACUGUUCCCCAUGUAUAACUGCCCGCUUCUAGUGGUGUUGUCACAUUCAGCUCGUUCCGUUGCAAGUAAGAAAAUUUCAAGUUUUGUGUGUGGAUGUUAUAUGAUAUUUUGCAUUUGUCAGUGCUUAAAUCCAGCAGUUCAUGUCUUUGUGAAGUAGAGCCCAGAAUUCUUUUCAAAUUGAUGGUCAAACCAGGGGAGAUAAAUCAGAGUUGAAAACAUCUGAUGUAGCGAGAGUCUUUUAAAGCAUAUUCUGCUGCCUUUGUUACUUAAGUUCUUCAUUGCUGGAAUGGCUGGACGGAAGAAUGUUGUCACUCUGAUUGCCAGAACUCUAGAGACUUCAUGCAAAUUUUCAAACCUGGAAGAAAUCAUUCAAUAGGCUUCAGUUUUCAUUCAGGAUUGGGAUGAUUUAGAUUUCCUUUUUAACAAAUGCACAGAUUGAAGAUAUUUCAAAGCAACAACAAUGAACAUUGUAUUUGUAGAAUUAUAUUUCUAGUUUGAGCCAGUAAGUCUGUUUACAAUGUGAUUGAAAAGCUUGGACGAGGUAAAAGUAUAUGUAUAAAGAAGUUUCUCUGAUAUAAAGAUUGGUGAUAGAGGUAAAUUAGCAUAAUUCAAAAUGUAUUCAAGCUCAACCAAUCAAAAUAUGUCAGUGCAUAAGAUACAUUUUACUGAACAAUGUUUAAUCGAUAUGAAAUGUUACCAAUUUUCAAGAGAAUUGUGUUGUCAUUUUAUUGAUAGCUUUAUAACAUAAUAUUAUCAUGAUCUAUCUGAUCUCAAUUUUAAUUAAUGUUUGAUUAUUUUUUGUAUCAGUGAUUUUAACAAUGACUGAGUCAUAACAAUAAAUACAUGUCCGCUUAGUAGUCACAGAGGAGUUUGUUAUCCAGCGUUAUCUAACCUGUUGAUUUGUUACAAUAAUUAUCUUUAAUCUUCAAAUAUAUAAGGAUAUUAAAAUGUGGUAGUUUUGCUGCAGUCAAGUAUUUAGGUGGUAUGUUCAAGAGAUAAUAGUAGUUCCUGAAAUGUAACAAUACUGGAAUUUUGACAUAAAGGAUUAUUGUAUUGUAGAAAGAAAAUAGCAUAUGAAAAAUAUUUUGAGCCAUGAGUGAACAUAUCAGCCAAAUACAGUGUUUGUCUGUGCUCCUGUUGUAGUGGAUCCCCUGUACAUGCUCCGGCUCGUCUGUUUGUGCAAGUGUGAAUGAAACACAUACCUGUAUUUUCUACAGCUUUUGUGAAUAAAAAUUUGAUUUUGAUUUUGAA